AUGGGAGCCACUUUGCUCUGUGAGCUGGGCCUAUUCUAUGCUGUGCUAACUAUUGAACCCAGCUGGUCCAGUUUUUUCAUUGGAGAGUUUGUUACCUUCAAAUGUGACAUGAAUGAAGGAGAAGACACUGACUGGUAUUACGAAAUCAACAAGGACGGUCGAGAAUUUGUGCCCUACGACACACACAAAGACUACAAAUUACAAAUUAUAUCUACACAUGACAGUGCAGAUAAACCCAGGGCCACACUGACAGCAGGAACAACAAUCAUACCAGUAGGGGGCAGUGUGACACUGACCUGCUCUGUGCAGAGCUCUGAUGGAUGGAAAUAUGAGUGGUUCAGACGAACACAAAGAACCUCUGAAGUUCAAAUCAGAGAUCAACAAAACAGAGAUAUCAGAGUAUCUCAAGGAGGAAUCUACAGCUGCAGAGGAACAAGAGGAAACCCAGUUUACUACACUGAUAUAAGUGAUGAUGUCACCAUUGAGAUAACCUCUGUGUCCAGUUCUUCAUUUCCUGUUCUGAUGAUCACUGGACUCAUUCCUGGAAUCAUAUUUAUUUCCCUCCUGUUCCUGUUCCUGUACACAAAGGUCUACAGAAAGAGAUGUUUUGCUGAUGACCAGAGGGUGAGUCAGGAUGAAAAUCAACAACAAGUCUACUCCUCUCUUCUUCAUGGUGAUCGUUGUGUCUAUGAGGAAAUCAGAGGCUCUGGAAAUACUCAAAACGGUGGGCGACCUGUGUGAUGUAGGUGCAGUGGGUCCUUCUUGUGGAAAGUCAGUG